AAUUACACAAAAUAUUUCAAUAUGUAUCGCGCGUCAUAUCAAAAGGGAUUCCUGACGAUACUAUACAGUGUGGGCAGCUCUCCACUGGACAAAUGGUCCACAUAUACUAAAAAUGGUUAUAUUAAACGUAUUUAUGAUGAAGACAUUAAAUCUUUGGUGCUGGAAAUAAUGGGAUCUAAUGUAUCAACCACAUUUAUACAUUGUCCAAGUGAUUGCAAGGCAGAGCUGGGCAUUAAGUUGCCAUUUUUGGUGCUGCUCAUUAAAAACAUGCACAAAUAUUUUUGCUUUGAAGUUAAGAUUCAGGACGAUCAGCGUUUUAUGCGACGUUUCCGCGUGUCCAAUUUCCAGAGCAAGACAUCGGUGAAGCCAUUCUGCACGGCCAUGCCCAUGGGCAUGUCCCCAGGCUGGAAUCAAAUACAAUUUAAUUUGGCCGAUUUUACACGUCGCGCCUAUGGCUCGAACUAUUUGGAGACCGUUUCCCUCCAGGUGCAUGCCAACGUGCGCAUCAGACGCGUUUAUUUCACUGACAAACUUUACACGGAAGCUGAACUACCCAAUGAUUAUAAGCUGUUGGGCAAGCCCAAGGAUUUGAAGAAGGAGAAACAAUUCAAAGCUCCGCCAACAGCGCGUCCACCAUCGCCACUUAAUACGGGACGGGUCGAGUCCAAGACCAAAAUCGAAGAAGCGGCUGUGCCCCAAGAGACAGAGACCGAGAUGGAUAUGGGUGCACCGGAGGUUAAAAUAGCGUCAGCUCCUGAAGUGUCUGAAGCUGAAGCAGCUCCCGUCGUAUCUGAGGAGCCGCCUGCACAAACCGAGCCCACUGAGGAUGCGUAUUAUUAUUAAGAUUAUUUUAAUGUUUAUGUUUAAUGUUCAACUUAGUUUUAUUUGUGCACGCAACUGGACAGAGGCACGGCCGAGUAACAGCUAAAUUAGUUAGUCGUAGAUAUAUAUAGUUCAUUAAAUGCAAGAUUCGACUCAACAA